AUGAAAGUCCGCUCGCAGAUGGUAGCCCCAUCCGCUCGUGUUAGACGGUACCGCUUCGGCGAUGGGCAGAAGGUAAUGAGAAGAUACCUUGGCUUGCUGGACAAUGCGGCUGAGCCAGACGACAUCGCAACAUCGGCCCAGAUUCGUGGACCCCCAACAUCAACAGCCAGCCACGAAAAGCCACCAACGCUGUCCCACGAGACCGUCAUUCUGCGUGAAUUGUAUGUAGGUAACCCCACAUAUGCCAAACAGCUACCAACGCCUCAGCGGUGUCUGUACACCAUUUCACGAUACCUACACACCGCCGAGUCCUUCUCCCAGUGCCUCCGUCUGUCACCCGUCAGAUCCCAUUCUCACCGCCCCCUUCGUCAGAUUCUCAGUCCCAAGCAGUCUGGUGAGACAGAGCCCAGCUGA